AUGCUCCGACCGUCUACACCAAUCUGCCGUACAUGUCUCCAUCAAAUCCGCGCUGCCUCCAGCGCCGCCGCCUCCGUCGAGGCAGCUCCCAUUGAACCUUCCCCUACCAAUCGUGCACCACCACCUCUCACAGCUUCUCAGUCUCAUUCCAUCACCUACAAGUUGAAAGCCGCUGUCCUUCUCUCACGCCCGCCCCUCUUGACCCGCGAUCUCACCCCUUUCGAGAAAUCUUACUUCCUCUAUCAACGUCGCCUAAAUGAGCGUCUUGCUCUGCCAUUCAGUCGUUACUUCUACUAUCAGCGCGGCACGCCAGGAGACAUCGAUUGGAAGCGCAAGAUAAAAGAGCGGAAAACACCCGCCCGAGAUAUCGGCGUAUACAAUGCUUAUGGGGUGGAAGGAUGGAAUGAUGAGUUACUGGUAGGGGAUAGUGUAAGCGAGCCCGAGGAGCAAGUGGAGAGGCUUUUGAGUGAUGCCGAGGUGGAGGUCAAGGAACGAGAUGUCCCAGGGGAAGGGAAGGUAGUAAAGAAAGAGGAAGUAGAGAGGCCGUUGCCGAGGGUCACAGAGGCGGAUCAAGCCGGCGAUACGAAGAGUCUGAACAGGGCUUUGCAGAAGACGUUGUAUUUGAUUGUCAACAGAGGGAAAGGACGAUGGGGGUUUCCUUCUGCUGAGUUGGCGAGACAAGAGAGCUUGCAUACGAGUGCGGAGAGGACGAUCGUCCAGACCGGUGGUGUGAACAUGAAUACUUGGGUCGUGGGAAAUAUACCAAUUGGCCACCAGGUCUGCAACUACAGCCAAGGCAUUGUCAACGAGGAGAAAGGGACAGUGCUGCGGGGAGAGAAAAUAUUCUUCAUGAAAGCCAGGAUCUUGGCCGGGCAAGCAAACCUGAAGGACAAUCAAUUUGGGCUUGAAGAUUUUCAAUGGUUGACGAAAGAGGAGAUACAGAAAGCAUUCGAUCCACGAAAUUGGAACGCCGUAAAAAACAUACUACCUGAAAGGUAA